AUGGCAUUUACUGUUCGCUUUUCAUUGUUCCGCUCUGCCUUCGAGCCGAGCGAAGAACCAGUUGUUAAAAGGUCCUUCUUCUUUCUUCUUCUUCUUCUUCUUCUUCUUUUUUCUUCUUCUUUUUUCUUCUUCUUCUUUUUUUCUUCUUCUUUUUUCUUCUUCUUUCUUCUUCUUCUUCUUUUCAUCAUUCUUUUUCUUCUCUUCAUCCACCUUAUUCUUUUUCUUCUUCCCCCCUCUCUCUCUUCCUCCUCUUUUUCUUCUUCGUCUUUUAAUCCUCAUCAUACUCCUCCUCCUCUUCCUUCUGCUUCUUCUUCUUGUUCUUCUUUUUCUUCCCCUCUCCCUCCUCCUCCUUUUCUUUUUUGUCUUUUAGUCCUCGUCAUCCCCCAUCCCCUCUUCCUCAUUCUUCUUCUUCUUCUCUUCCUCCUCCGCUUCCUUUUCUCUUUGUCUUUUAGUCCCCGUCAUCGUCCAUCUAUCUCCUCUUUCAUCAUCAUCAUCAUCAUCAUCAUCAUCAUCAUCAUCUUCUUCUUCUUCUUCUUUUUCUUCUUUUAG